AUGUCAAAAAUACCGAACGGUGCUUUAAAUAGCAGAAGUCGAACACAUGGUUCAUUUAUUCAUUUCGUGUGCAAUGGUGGCUACCAGUUGAUUGGCGCAUCCAAUGCUACCUGCAAAGAUGGAAGAUGGUCCGAAAAAUUACCACAGUGUACAGGUGUGUAGCUUACACGAUUUUUAUAUUACUAUCUAGCAGCAACAUAAAUAAAAAUAUUUUCAAUGCAUGCAAUAUAUAUGCAUGCUCUGACCUAAUACUUAAUGUGAGAAGGGAAUUUUAGUAGUUGAGGUAAUGAUGAAGUAGGACAUGCCUAUCGUAAAACGUACAAAUGUAUUUUCCAUAAUAUAGCAUAUUUUAUACUUAUAGCCAUUUGCAGAAAAAUAUUUUCCAUUAAAAACGGCAAAGUCAUUGAAAGUGGAACGUUGGAAGGGGAUGAAAUACACUUCAUUUGCAACGAAAAUUAUCUCUUGGUUGGAGAGAAUGUUCUAAGAUGUACAAAUAAUGGAAGAUGGAAUGCUUCGGAACCAAAAUGCAAAGGUGAUCAAAAGUCUAUAUAA